GGUAUAUUAAGGUUUUUUUUCCUACAGUGUUAGGUGAAUAUCAGCAGAUAUUCACUGGUCGAAUAUUAGUUGAAUAUCGCGAAUAUUCAACGUCGAAUAUCAGUUGAUCAUCAGUUGAAUAUUCGCUUAUGUUUUCGGUGAAUAUCAGUUGAAUACUAGUUGAAUAUCAGCUAAUAUUCAACUGAUGUUCAACCGUUUUUAAACGUUUAACACACACCGUUUUUCCCAGUGAUAGUAAAGCACGCAUUGUGACAAAACGCCGCGGUAGUGAAUUUUUCGAUUUUUUCGAAACGCGAAGCUUAACCAAACAAUUUUUCUUCUUGACACUUUUACAAAAUGUUGUUCGAGAAGACGCGACAUCACAAGCUUUCCGAGUUCCAAGCAGUUGUUCUUGCCGGCUAUGGAAGUACUAAUCGUUUAUAUCCCAUUUCCGAGGAAGACAAUGUACCUAAAGCUUUAUUACCAGUCGCCAACAAACCUAUAAUCUCAUAUACCUUAGAUUGGCUUGAGAAAGCUGGUAUACAUGACGCAAUCUUGUUGGUUCAAGCUUCGGGAGCAGCUCACAGUAAGCUUUCAGCAUAUAUCGCACGUGGCUACCAAGGAAGCGUGCACUGCAACGUUGUCGCCGUGGACGAGGAUUUUGGCUCUGCUGAUGCACUACGAUCGAUAAAGGAUAAAAUAGAGCGCGACUUUAUCGUUGUGCCUUGUGAUCUCAUUACGGAUUUAAACCCGAGAGAAAUAUUGGAUGUCCACCGAGUGGAAGAUCCAACGAUGACGGCAUUGUUCUACGAAUCAAGCUUAUCGGAAACUGGAAAAGAUGAUGCACUUGCACCUUAUGUAGGAAUUGAACCUGUUCAAUCAUCGCUGGUAUACAAAGUUCGUCGAUCCGAGGACGAGGAUUUCUCUAUGCGCAUGUCUUUAUUAAACAAAUUCCCUCGUGUACGAGUACAUACGGAUUUAUAUGAUGCACAUCUAUACAUCUUUAAACGAUGGGUUUUGGAUAUGGUCGCUGAUAAGGAAAAUAUUUCAAGUAUCUCUGAGGAUCUGAUUCCAAUGCUUGUCAAAUGUCAAUAUCAAAAGACGAUGGUAGAGCGCGAAAACUUAAAUAACUACGCAUCAAAACAUAAGACUUUGUUUAGCACCGCACUAUCACUAUCAACCACGGCAUCUGAAGAUAUUGAUGACGAUUCGUUUUCAUCGGACCCUACUCGAUCCAAGUUCAAAAGUCCUGUCACCACCCGCGCUUAUGUAUACCGUGGAGGAUUCUGUGGACGUGGUAACACGGUUGCUGGUUAUAAUGAAUUGAAUCGUCAUGAAACCAAACAAGGGGCAUCUAUCACCCGCAUUCCAUCCAGUGCUGAGGUGGCACCAAAGACACAAGUGGGCAGCGACUCUAUUAUUGGCGAGCAUACUAAAAUUGACGAAAGAUCUUCAAUCAAAAAAUCAUGUGUUGGUGCCCAUUGUGUUAUUGGCAAGAACGUAAAGAUUGCUAAUUCGGUUAUUAUGGACCAUGUGGUGAUUGCUGACAAUGCAAAGGUGGAUGGAUGUGUUAUUUGCAACAACGCUAAAGUACUAGAGAAGGCUGUGCUCAAAGAUUGUGAUGUUGCUGGUGAAUAUGUCGUUGAAAAAGAUAGUCAAGUUAAAGGAGAAAAGCUUGUCGCUUUCCGAGAAGCUAUUAACUAAAAUAUUUUUGUAAUUUAUAAAAUGAUGUGUAUACAAUUUCUUUUCUUCUCUUCUUGUUUGAUCACUUGCCGUAAUCUAAAUUGAUAGAAUGAGG